AUGCUCUGGGCGCUCUGGUCAGGAUGCCUGGCAGGCCGGGGGCUGCCCCUCCUAGGGGCAGUGCUGCUGCGGAAGAGAGAGAAGAGGAGACUUCAUUGGAGUCAUGGGCAGCUGGAAACCCAUCCAUAUUACGACCUCCAGGUGAAGGUGCUGAGGGCCAGAAACAUCCAAGGCACAGAUCUGCUGUCCAAAGCUGACUGCUACGUGCAAUUGUGGCUGCCCACAGCAUCUCCCAGCCUGGCCCAGACAAAGGUGGUGGCCAACUGCAGUGACCCUGAGUGGAAUGAGACCUUCCACUACCGGGUCCAUGGUGCUGUUAAGAACGUUCUGGAGCUCACCCUCUAUGACAAGGAUGUCCUAGACAGUGACAGACUCUCCCUGCUCCUGUUUGACUUGAGGAGCCUCAAGACCGGCCAACCCCACAGGCACACCUUUCCACUUAACCACCAGGAUUCACAAGAGCUGCAAGUGGAAUUUGUUCUGGAGGAAAGCCAGGUGCCUGCCUCUGAAGUCAUCACCAAUGGGGUCCUGGUGGCUCAACCCUGUCUGAGAAUCCAAGGCACCCUUGGGGGACAUGAGACAGCCCCACAUCGAGAGUAUGGCCAUCGGCAGAUCCGACUGGCAGUGCCUGGUGCCUAUGAGAAGCCACAGCUGUUGCCCCUUCAGACUCCUGUGGAGCCUGGCUUCCCACCCACCUUUACUUUCCACAUGAACCCUGUGCUGAGCCCCAGGCUAGAGGUGGAGCUGGGAGAGAAGCUCACAGUCCUGCAGAGUGACCCGAGUGCUGAGCUGGAGACCCAGGCCAGCAAGCUGGGUGAGGGGAACAUCCUGCUCUCCUCUUUGCCCCUAGACCAGGAGAAACAGUGCUUCAUAUCCCUGGGGGAGGGCCAGGAGGUGGCUCUGAGUGUGAAGGCAGAAAUGAGCUCCAGGGACCUUGACCUGCGCCUUGGCUUUGACCUCUGUGAUGGGGAGCAGGAGUUUCUGGACAGGAGGAAGCAGGUCGUGUCCAAGGGCCUACAGCAGGUGCUGGGAUUGAGUGUGGCUCCUGACAGUGACCAGGUGCCUGUGGUGGCUGUGCUGGGCUCUGGGGGUGGAACCCGAGCCAUGUCUUCCCUGUAUGGCAGUUUGGCCGGGCUUCAGGAGCUGGGCCUUCUGGACACUGUGACCUACCUGAGUGGUGUCUCUGGGUCCACCUGGGGCAUGUCCUCACUCUACAAAGACCCUGCCUGGUCCCAGGUGGCCUUGCAGGGAUCCAUUGAGCAUGUCCAGGCCAGAGUCUGCAGCAGCAAGAUCGGGGCGAUGUCCACAGAGCGGCUACAAUAUUACAUCCGGGAACUGGAAGCUCAGGAAAGCAGUGGCCAGAGUAUUUCCCUCAUAGACCUGUGGGGCCUCCUCAUUGAGUAUUUCCUGUACCAGGAGGAGAACCCGGCCAAGCUUUCUGACCAGCAGGAGGCAGUCAGCCAGGGUCAGAACCCUUACCCCAUUUACGCCAGUGUCAAUGUCCGCACCAACAUCAGUGGGGAAGACUUUGCAGAGUGGUGCGAGUUCACCCCCUAUGAGGUCGGCUUCCCCAAGUAUGGGGCUUAUGUCCCCACUGAGCUUUUCGGCUCCGAGUUCUUCAUGGGGCGGCUGAUGAAGUUCCGACCAGAGCCCAGGAUCUGCUACCUGCAAGGUGUGUGGGGCAGCGCCUUUGCAGCCAGCAUGGAUGAGAUCUUCCUGAAGACCUCGGGCUCGGGCCUCAGUUUCCUGGACUCACACAGAGGCAGUGUAAACAUCACUGACGGGUGCCAGAAGCUCCAGCUACAGGACCCCUCGAGGCUGUGCACGAGGCUCUUCACCCCCCAGGGGCUUUUCUCCCAGGCUCUCCUGGACAUAUUUACAUCUCGCUUUACCUCUGCCAAGCACUUUAACUUCACCCGAGGCCUCUGGCUGCACAGGAACUAUGUGGCCGGCCGGGAGUUUGUAGCCUGGAAAGAUUCACACCCAGAUGCCUUCCCUAACCAUCUCACUCCCAUGAGGGACUACUUGCACCUGGUGGAUGGUGGCUUUGCCAUCAACUCUCCAUUCCCACUCAUUCUGCUGCCUCAGAGGGCAGUGGACCUCAUCCUGUCCUUUGAUUACUCCUUGGAAGCUCCUUUUGAGGUCUUACAAAUGACAGAGCAGUACUGCCAGGACCGGGGGAUCCCCUUCCCCAGGAUUGAGUUGAGCCCAGAGGACUUGAAGGAACCCCGCGAGUGCUAUUUGUUUACAAAGGCUGAGGACCCCCACUCACCCAUCGUGUUGCACUUCCCCCUGGUCAACCACAGCUUUCGCACACACCUGGCCCCAGGCGUGGAGAGGCAAACAGAUGAGGAGAAGGCCUUUGGGGAUUUUGCCCUCAAUGGGCCAGACACUCCCUAUGGCAUGACCAACUUCACCUAUGAGUCCGAGGAGUUUGCUCGACUAGUGGCCCUGAGUCGAUACAAUGUUCUGAACAAUGUGGAGACCAUGAGGCAGGCCCUCCUGUUGGCUCUGCACCGGCGGCAGCAGGCUGGGGAGAGGGCUGAGGGCUGA